AUGGCCCCCAAGACCCUCCUCCUCGCCCUCGGCGCCGCCAACCUGGCCGCCGCGCAUUUCGGCCUCGCCUACCCCUCCUGGAGAGCCGACACCCUCAAGGGCACGAACGAGACGGGAUAUUCGCAGUGGUUGUACCCAUGCGCCGGCGUCCCCUACGGCACCGGCAACGUCACCGACUGGCCCCUAGACGGCGGCUCCCUCGAGCUCGACCUGCACCACGACUGGACCUACGUCUUCAUCAACCUCGGCAUCGAGGCCGACGGCAACGUGACCACGCACAACAUCACGCUGACCCCGCAGUUCUGGAACGCCACCGGCAGCGGCGUGCUCUGCGUCGAGAAGCUCAACCUCACGACGCCCGCGAAGGAGGGGCAGAAGGGGAGUAUCCAGGUGGUGACGGUGGGCGACGCCGGGGCUGGCCUUUACAACUGCGCCGACAUCCGGUUUACUGCCAACGCGACCACGCUCCCCUCGGACCAGUGCAAGACGGAGGGCGUGGAGGUGUACACCGUCAAGGAGCAGAGCGCCAACGGCACCGUCGAGGAGGGCAGCGGCAGCGGGAACAGCAGCGGCAACUCGACCUCGGGCGGCGGCGGCAGCAGUGGCGCAGCGGGACGUAGUUCUCACGCGGUUGCGCUCACGUCCAUCGUCGGUCUGAGCAUGGCCUUCGUCUUUGGGAUGAGUCUGUGA